CCUGAUGACAUUUGUGUAGGCUUAGUAAGCAACCUGAGAUUAUUGAGCUUGUUUUGACUAAUUAGAGGGAUGGGCUUUAUGCCUUUGAAUGAAGACAGAAUUAAUUUGAUGCUGAGAAAGAAGGUCUAUUUUGUCUCGAACUAUAGUCGAACGACGUUAGAGUAAAGAAAAGUGCAUAAAAUCCUGCUAACACUGCUAAACUAAAUGUAUCAAUCCAAAAUUAUAGCUGAAGGUAUACUUGUUUGAAGAAAGAAAUAUUAGAGCUGAUGAGAGAUUUAAUAAUUCUUGCUUCUCUAGAGAAGUGAUAACAAGCAAAGUUUUUAUACACAUUAAGUUCAAUGAAUAAACAUUUGUCUUAACUACCUCAUUACAGGUGAAAGAUGCUUUAAAUCCUCAAAAGAUUAGAACCAGCUAUCUUGCUUUUAUUUAACUGUCUCUGAAAUGCAAAGGAUCUUUGAUUGUGAAAAUGAUGCUAAAUUAAUUUGAAUCCUUUUAAGUCUUGCUCAAGCUUUAGUAUUUCAAACAGUUGAACGAAUUUCAAAGAUAUGCUAAGCUAAAAUAUGGCUGAAAUGCAAUCAGUUGAGAAUUACCGGUUUAUAAACUCAUAGCAGAGUCUUUCAGAUAAUCCUGUUUCAUCUUCAUCUUCAUGUUCAGAGAAGAAAAAUAUUAGAAAAAUUUUGAUCAUCUACUGCUAAAAUCAUGCUCGACCAGGUUGGGAUUUUAUGUCUAGAAUAACUAGCUAUCUUCAGCAAAGAACGUAUCAACAAGAACUUUAAAGGAGCUCAUUCAUCGACCAUACUCAGAACCAAAUUCUCUAUUAUUUCCUAAUUACUGAAGUUAGCUGUUUUAAAAUAAUUCUGAGAUUCAUUGGUUACAUGUCACAGAUUCAUCUCCAGAGAAAAAUUGCCUAUAUUUCAGUCUCAUCUGAUUAUGGUAUGCAGUCUAAAGCAGAAUAUGAUCCCAAAGGCUCACUAUGACAAGUUCUUUCACUAAAAUUUUAAAAGAUGCAGAAAUGUCUUUUAACUUAGGUAGCUUUACAAAAAGAGUAUUUUAGAAAUCUUGCUCUCUGCCUUGCUUUCCCAUCUUGCAACUUUUAUACUCUUCCUGAUCGUUGAGAGAUGCUCUAAAUGAUGAAGUCAGAGUCUGAACUCAGCAGAUCAACACUCUUCAUCUGUCUUUUACAGGUAUAUUGAUAAGGCGUGUUUGAUGAUCUCAAAUUAUUUCUGAACUUCAUAACUUCACUUUUAUUAAGUCUUUAUUGUCUAUAGAUUCUUAUUUUCUUCUUUAUUACUGCUCAAGUUUGCGAGAUCAGCACUAUUUUCAGGAUAAAAAUUAAGAGGGAUAUGCAUCGUUAAAAAUAAGAUCUGUUAGAAAAUAGAGUGUUUUUAUUCCUUGGUUGAUUCUCUUGGACGGUCAGCAAUCCUUGAUCGUUUAUUUAAAAUUCAAAAAUAUGCCUUGAUGCACAUACCUUGUCAGAGUCAUUCCUGAUCUUUUAGGCUUUAUAAUUAUUACUGAAAGCAAACUAGCCAGAAUUUUAAGUUUACAAAUUUUAUUAUCUAUUCAGGGUUGCAUGAGAUAAGGCUUUUGUGUCAUUGUGUUAAUUUUAGUAAAAAUUUACACUCUUAAAAGCACUAAAUGUGUAAAAACUUGCUAGGUCUUCCAAAUAAAUAUAUAAACUUUAAUUUUCUCAUAAAAUUAAAUUAAAUCAAAUCAAUGAAUGCCUUGACAGCACAAAUUCUCAUGUUUCAGCCCUUUGGUGUUCCGAUGAGAUGAGUUUUUGUACCUUUUAUUCCUCAAAUGACUCCUAUUGUUCAGGUGGCCCAGCAAAUCCCAGAUCUUAACCAUUAUUGACAGUGAAACAAUGAAAAUUUUGGAUGAGCUUCAUCUCGGGCUCUAAUUGACCACAAAGAUGGCCUAUCUAAAAAAGAGCUUCCUUCUCCAUCAUAUAAAUUAAUUGAGAAGACCAUUUGAGAAGCUGAUACUAAAGUUUCAGGCUCUAAUAACCAGCUGAUGAAACUAAAGAUAGCUGAUUUACCCAGGAAACAUAAGAGCAAGAGUAAAAUUAUUCAAAGACUUUCCUCUCUGAGCUCAGAGUCCAAAAUCCUCAAAGAAAUAAAAGGGAUAUCUAAUUUAAACGAAAUAAUUUUUAAAGCCACUCCAAAAUCUCAUGCUAGCCAAUCAACUAGCCAAAGAAUGAGGUCAAGAUACAUCGGAGUCUGCCACAAGAAUGGAAUGUAUAACGCUUAUAUUGUAGCCAAUGGCAAGAAGACCUACAUCUGAGGAACAAAGAAUGAGGAAAUAACUGCAAGGUACUAUGACUAUUGAGCCAUUCUUCUUCAUGGAAAGGCAGCAACUACUAACUUCUCAUACACAAAGAGACAGUUGAUGGAGAUGCUUCGUUCUGGAGGCAUUUGAUUAGACAUCUAAAUCAUAGAUCUUCUGAUUUUUAAGUCAGAGCCUUAUCAUGAGACUGUUAUUCCCUCUUCAAAUGUGAGAACAAGAGACUUAGAAAAUCUUGAAGCAAGACAAUUUUAGUCUUUCCAAGACCUUAAAUCUCUAAGCUUCAGUUGAAGGGAGUCAAAUUCUUAAUUCUCGUUAACAGUGCUUCCAAAUAUUUUCUUAUCUAAGCUAGAGCCUCGCAUUA